AUGUUGGCAGACAGAGACAGCCCUUCAGCUUCUCCAACAGCUGCCAAGAAGAGGUCUGGGUUACACUUAAUCAAUCAACCUCUCUUGGCGCCACUUGGCCAUGACACCCUGCACCGUGACGUCUGGUCAGCUGUGCCAGGACCAUCCUCAUGGGUACCCUCGAUCACCUCUCAAGACCCUUGGGCAGCUGUUGUUAAUUCCCAAGCCCACCCUGUGAUUGAUGAGAACAAGAUGUGGCCCGAGGAGGAGCUCAUAAACUCAUUAAAAUUCAGCCUUAUUCUACUUCUGUUGAUUUCUAUAAUGCACGUGUUCUGGUGUUAUCCAGUUCCACCUUCUAAGGUGUCUGGAAAAUCUGAUUACUUUCUCAUCCUGUUGAACAGCUGCCCAACCAGGAUGGACAGGAGCAAGGGACUAGAUUUUCUAAAGCCCAUUUUCGAGAAGAUGUUUAUGAAAAAGUCCUUUCGCAAUGGAGUUGGCACAGGGAUGAAAAAAACUUCCUUUCGAAGAGCAAAAUCAUGA